CGACCGGAAAACAAAACCAGAGUUCCGUGAAUAGUUUUUUUUCUCCCGUGAGUUCAAUGACGACAAGAGGGCAGUUCAGUGAAACGAUUCCGUUAUGAUCGUUCCGGUAAUGCUCGGUGGAAUGAAGAAUGAGCCAGAUGCAGCCAACAGCACGGAAUAGCAAAGCAAAUCUAGCAAUACAAUUUCUAAGUGAACCACUAGCCAUCUGAGUUAUGGAAACGCAACACUAAGGUGUACAGUAGAAGUCCAACUUUCAAUUAUGGUGCUUCCUUUUGCUGCGUUCUACAGUAUUAAAUAUUCAACAUCAGUGUGGGAAGAAGAAACAGGAUUGAGCCGUAAGAGUGCUCGAUCAGGACUGGAAGCUUUUAGUGUGAACGAUCGGAUUUUUUUGUCUGCAAAAACUUGAUUUGGACAAUUGAGCCAUGAAGUAUCCGUUCAUUAAUUCGCAACUUUUGCGAAGGUUCAACAAAAAGACCGUCUUUGUUAAAUUGUUUGGCCUUACCGUGAUUACGGUAUGUAUAUUCAUUUUUCUCUUUAACCCGCCUCGAUUCCCUGUUGUUGUUCCAGUACGUCAACUAACAAAUAAACCAGAGACAGCCAUUUUCAACAGCUCUGCUGUGGUUGGCGUAGUUCAAAACACACGUCGACAUGUGUUAGGUUAUACUGGUUACACGAUUCAGCGACUUGGUCUUAAACCAAUUCCGCUCGCAUCUUCACUUCAACCCAAUACUGGAGAGCCCGUUAUCAAUGAUGUACUGUCCUUUAUGUACCCUAUCGACAUUAGUGCCCAGAAAAACUUUAAGUGCCGACAAUGGACAAACCGAUCGGUUGAACUCAUCCCAAACAUUAAAAGAACUCUGUUGAUUGUAGUGGUGUCAGCUGCCGAACAUUCUGCUAAACGAGACUUGAUUCGCAAAACAUGGGCAGGUCCAAGUCUGCGUAAAGUAGACGAGAUACAGUUAAUUUUUCUUGUUGGAUCAACUCUUGGUGAGGACCAAGUGAUCAAGGAUCGGUUAGAGAAGGAACAUGCAAAAUACGAAGACGUGGUGCAAGUGAAUGUCGUCGACACGUAUGCAAAUUUAACACUAAAGAGUGUCGCGUUGCUUCAUUGGGCUUACAGCCAUUGUCCUGCUGCUCAACUGGUCCUAAAGUGUGAUGACGAUACUUACCUAAAUUUUCAUGUAUUGAGUAAAUUGAUUAACAAGCAACAACUUAAACCCAUAAAUCGUCUCUACGGAUUAGGAAUUAUGGAAGACAGUCCUCAAAGAGAUCCAAACAACAAGUACUACAUCAGUAGAAAUGUUUGGCCAUGGUCCAAGUAUCCAGCCUUUGUCUCCGGCGGUGGAUAUCUGUUAGGCAGGGACACUAUUCAACCCUUAUUAGCUGCGGUACAGACUACACCGCUUUUCCCUUUGGAAGAUGUAUAUCUUACAGGUAUUUGCGCUCGAAAAGCCCGCAUCAAAUCUCUUUCAUCUCGAAGAAUUUACGAGCGCUUUAUUCCCAAAAAAAUUGAUGCCUGUUUCGUCCGUUUCACUGCCAUGUGGCAGACACAAUCCAAACUUCAAUUCCUUCAAUCGCACGAUAUUGUCUCACUUGUUUAUCGACGUAAUUUACCUUGUCGCAUUGCCUGUAAAUACCUAGGAAUAUGCUGAAUAUAUACGCUGUCUAAUAUUGCG